AUGUAUGGUCCUAAAGUACUAGAGCGAUACAUGUCCACGUCCACGUCGGAUCGAGAGCCCCCUCAUAUCUACGCUCUCGCAAACAUGGUAUCUCACGCUAUCCUCUCCGGUUGUUCCGACCAGACCGUCUUGUUUUCCGGUCAGAGACAUAAAGUGGUAGAGACUGUAUUGGAAGCUUUGGGUAACGCAGAAACAGGUAUGAACCAUAAUUCUUCCAGGUUCGCUACCUGUCUUCAACUCCAUAUCAGUCAAGAUGACAACGGCAAACGAUCGAACCGAAUCUCCAUGGAGAUUCAGACUUUACUAUUUGAGAAAUCCAGGGUGGUAGCGAAAUCACCAGACUUCACAUUUCACGCUUUGAGGGAAAUACCUUUUUUCGUCGGUGGUUCUGGUUCUGGUUUUCUUAUCGAAAAAUCACGUGUCGAUAACAGAGUUUUCAAAGGGAAUGGGAAUGGGAAUGAACACGAGAAUGGGAUUGGGAAUGGGAAUGAGAAUGGUAAAAUCCAUCCGAAAGAGGUUGUUUUUCAAGGACAAGAAAUAUCAGAAUUCGAUUCUCAUUCACGAGGAAAGAACGGAAACGGACAAUUUCGAUUCGAAGAAUUUUACAGAUCGUUGAAGAUCUUGAUAGGGAUAGAUCAAGCUGAUAAAAUAUUAAACUUGUUGAUCGUCAUACAUCUUUUGAAUAAUCUUUCUGAACCCGAACCCGGACCCAAAUACCACGACGGCGACAUACAUCUUUUGAAUAAUCUUUCCGAACCCAAACACCAACACGACGACGACGAAAAGACAAGGACAAGUAGUAGUUUGGAAUUCGAAACGAUUUCUGGUUUGUUAGGAAUAGAAAAUAAAGUUUUGUUGAGAUUGUUGACUUACGACUCGGUGGUGGGUAAACCUAUCAACUUGUGGGAAGAACAAGGUUCAAAAAGGAAGAAUGCGAUUGUUUGUCAAUGGUAUGUCGAAGUUUUUCAAUGGAUUGUCGGCGAAUGUAAUCGAUACUUGGCACAAGACGAUGAUGGCAAUCAUGAUUAUGACGAGAAAAUAUCAUCAUCCCAACAAGGUGCUGGUGGUAGCUCGAUCCGACAAGGUGGUAAAGGGAUCAUACGUCUUUUGGAUGUUUAUGGUUUUGAACAGUUUGAAACGAAUGAUUUAUCACAACUCUUGAUUAAUUGGACAAACGAACAACUUCAAUCAACAUUCAUCAAUCAAGUUUUAGAUAAUGUCAUAGUGGAUCAUCCUUCUCCACCACCACCGACCGAAACCCGUUCGACAAACCUCGGUAUCUUUUCAACAAGUUCUGAAAAAUCUAAUCCUGACGUUGAUCGUCAUCGUCCUAUCUCUCUCUCUUCUCAAACAUCAUCAUCCAAAGGAGUAAACCAAACAUCAUCCACACAAAUAAACCAAACAUCCACAUCCACAUCCACAUCCUCGAAACCCAGUAUCAGUAGACAAGGUCUAGACAAUUAUCGUCAACAAGCAGAUAUCCGAAAGAAACAUAUCAUCAAAUUAUUAAGGUUAAUGCAAGAUGGCGAUCGUUUACGUCAAUCUCCUAUCGAUAUAAAAUCAUCUUGGUCACAUUAUUUGAAAAAUUUCAAUUCCAAUCCCAAUCAUGGUCACGGUCAUGAUCAUGAUCAUCGUCGAUCUAUCAACAGCGGUGGGAACAUGAAUGAUAAACCUCCACGAUCCAUCAGCAACGGCGGAAACAUAAAUGAUAAACCUCAACGACAUGGUGAGAACGACGUCAUGGUUGAACAUUUCGCAGGGAAAGUGAAUUAUGAUCUUGUGACUUGUCUUUCACAAAACGCAAAUAACGUGCCGGACGAAGCUAUGGAGGUUCUGAAAAGUUCAAAAGUCGAUUUAUACGUAAAGAUCGCCAUGGGUUCGGAACAGGUUGACAAGAAGAAAAGCGGAAAGAAAGUCACGGUGACUUCUAAACAUGAGAAACAGUUGGCAGAGUUGAUGAGGAUGAUCAAUGAUACUCAAGUGAGUUUCGUCAAAUGUAUCCGCGUGGGAAAUGGAAAUGGGGAUGGGGAGCAUGUUAGAGAGACGAGUGUAAAUGUCCAAAAUGAUUUGUUGAAACAAUUAGAAGAGACGGGAUUAGUACAGGUCACUCAAGUGUUGAGUAAUACUUUACCAGUGGUCAGAGAUAUUGCUUGGGUGACAAGUCGGUUCGCUUCCUUGAUCCCAUCGACCGAAGAGGAUGAUAAUGACGAGAAUUUAAGUGUGAAGCAAGAUCAAGUUGAGAAACGAAAUCGAAACCAAAAUCAAAAUCAAAAUCUAAAGCUAAAUCAGACUAGAAAGGAAGAACAGAAUGAGAAUGGAAACGAAAAACGAAAUGAGAAUGAGACCCAAAAGACUGUGCAAGAUGAUGACAACUGUGAAAACGAAAACCAAGCGCGACUUUUGAAACGUUUAUUCCGAUCGAUCGAGCGUGAACCUGAAAUGGAAAUGAUCAAGCAAGGUAUCGAUUAUGUAUUGGACCAAAGUAGAGGGAAGAUCAGUUUUUCUAUCGAGUGUUUGCAAAGGUUAGAACGUUCUCUUUCGAUCAUGAAUUCCAUUGUGGAUGAUCAACAUGAAUCGUGUGGUGGUGAGGAUGUGGAUGUGGAUGUAGAUGUGGAUGUAUCGUUCGAGAAUAAAGAGCAAGUAAAGAAAGAAGGGUCAGAUCCUCUCAAUGAGGAUCAAGGUUUAUCGUUUAGAGGGGUAAAUCCAGAUCUAGAUUACGAUGGAGAAGAAGAAGCAGAAGAAAAAGAUUCUUCUUUCCCUACGGGAAGAGUAGUCGAUAAUGAUAUGACUUUUAACUUUGAUCAAUCUUUCAAUCAACUCCAAUACCAGGAUCCUGAUCCGGAUCCUGAUCCUCGACAUUCGACUUUGUUCUCCUCGGUUCACCAUACGAACUUGAAUGAAAAAACCCGGAAUGGUCAUGGUUCAAUCUCUAUUCACAAACGACAUGAAAACCAAUCAGGUUCGAUACCUACUCGCCAUCAAGACGACCCGGGGUCGACGAUCGAACUCGAAACGUUACAUCAUACGUUAUCGGAAAAAACCGAGAUGGUGUUAGAAUUGGAAACUAUCAACCGAAGACUUUUGGAAGAGAGAUCCAGAUUGUCGGAACGGUUGAGAGUUUUAGUGGAUCGAUUAUCGGCACGUUCUCAAGUGCUCGUCGACCUCUUUGAGGAAGAGAGUAAUGAGAAAGAUUCGGUUGCCCGAGGAAUUCUUCACGUAAACGAUGGUGAGAAAAAAGGUGGGAACCAACAAAAGAUUGAAGAAACUUUAAUCGCACAAAAAGAUAACGUCGGUGAGAAUGAUCAUGGUCAAAGUCGAAUUCCAAUUGGACAAAAAGAUGAUGACAAUGACGAUAAUGUCAGAAGGAAGGAUGAAAAUGUAGAUGCCGACGAUGACGAUGACGAUGAUGAAGAAGAAGAAGAAGACCAAUGGAAAAAGAAAAACCCUCCACCGGAAGAACAAAACCCCCGACAGAUCUUACUGGACAAACUUGAAGAUUCCAUCCAUCACUUUGAAAACAACAUGACCAAGCUGGAAAACCUAAACGUCGGACAACUGAUGGUCGAUAACCGACAACUAAGACAGGAUUCGGAAUCUCAAGACUCUCUCAUCCAUCAAAUGCGAUCUGAACUGAUCGAAUCUCGCUCUGAAUCCGACCGAAUAGCAACGACGCUGAACGUUUCUGAGCGGAGGAUGCAAGGGAUGAAAGAAGAGCUACAAUCGAUCUGGAGAGAUAAAUCUAAUCUGACGGCCAAAGUCGGUCAACUUUCGAUUCAGUUGGGAUCCGUGACAGAAGACAAAGUCAACCUACAGAUUCAGUUGGGCGCCAUCAUGGAAGAAAAUGAAACUCUUGGGAUUCGGUUACAGGCUCUCAUGGAAGAAAAAGCAAAGCAUAACGUGAAUAUGAGUGAGGAAGAAGGUAAGGUGAAUUGGUAUAAAAAGGAGAAUGAACGUUUGAGUAAAACCGUUUUCAUGUUGAAGGAAGAAUCAGAUGAGAGAUUGAAAUUCAAGGAAAAGGAAAAGGAAAACGAGUUGAUGGUGAAUAAACUGAGGGUUGUGCUGGAAGAAAAAGAAAAGAGAGAGAGAAAGGAUAAAGAAGAAAAGGAAGAGUUGAAGAGACAAAAGUCUCGAGCGGAACAAAGGAUGAUAAAGUUGAAUGAUGUGAUGGAAAGGUUUUCGAUAGGUUAUUUGAUGACGGACAAGAUGGUCUCGAAAGAUAUCGCCAUAUGGUUGUGCGGUGACAAUGAGAGCGAUAGUCAAACUCUAGGGGAAAUCAAUAUCAGUGGGAUUGAAAGUGGAACAGGAAAUCGACCAGCUGCUGGUUUUAAAGUCUGGGAAAAACUGAACGAAAUGGUCGAUCGACCGUUAUCCAGUCGAAGUCAUAUAUUCCCAAUCUUGGCCGUGUUAUUCCAUUCUUCUCAGAGACAAGGUCAAUCAAAAGCCAAAGAACUGUUAUCGACGGCGACCGAGACGUUCUCGAGAUCCCUGGCCGGGGGUAUCAUGUCUAGUUACUUGGGGUUGAAAAGUACGGAAAGACAGAGGAUGGAAUUGACGAAACUGAUAAACUUUAUCAACAGCUUGAGAGAAGCUGGCAGAGAUUACGGUAUAGGUGAUGAUUCGUUCUAUCGAUCCGUAUCAGAGUUGUGUUUGGAACGUUGCCCAGAUCAAGGAGAUCAACUUCAUGUCCGUCGGGCAUUACAGAGUCUCAUCGAAUGA